AGAACGAAAUGGAGAACAGCGUUGCUGAAUCGACUCAGCCAGAUCUAAGGCUGAAGUGGGACGUGUUCCUGAGCUUCCGAGGCGCGGACACGCGCAACGCCUUCAUCGGUCCUCUCUACGACGAGCUUCAGAGCAAAGGCGUCCGGGCCUUCCUUGACAACGAUGGCAUGAACCGGGGCGACCAGAUCUCGCCGAGCCUGCUGGCGGCGAUCGAGGACUCCGCCGUGGCGAUCGUGGUGAUAUCGCCGGACUACGCCGGGUCGCACUGGUGCUUGGAAGAGCUGGCGAAGAUAUGCGAGUGCACGAAGCUGAUACUCCCGGUGUUCUACGGGGUCAGGGCCUCGGACGUGCGGCAUCAGAGGGGGCCGUUCGAGGGCGCGUUCGAGCGUCACGUGAAGAGGUUCGGAGACGCGAGGGUUUCGGCUUGGAGAGCUGCCAUGAGAAAAGCCGGUGGAGUCUCCGGUUGGAACUUCAGGGGCCAAGACGAUCAGAGAGAAAUGUCGCUGUUGAUUCAAGGUCUCGUCCACAGAAUUAUGGAUGAACUGAACAACGUUCCACUCCAUGUGGCUCCACUCCUCGUCGGACUGGACUCUCGCAUCGAGCAACUCCUCGCUUCGUUGAGCGUCAAAUCCGGCGGAGUCAGGUUUCUUGGGUUGCACGGGUUCGGCGGUGUCGGCAAGACCACCCUCGCGAAAGCGCUCUACAACAAGCUCGUCGUGCACUUCGAGAAACGCAGCUUCGUCGCGGACAUCAGAGAAGCCUUCUUGCGAAGCGGUGGCUUGAUCUCUCUUCAGGACAAGAUCCUACGCGAUCUCUCGCCCGACAUGCCUCCUUCGAAUGACUUGGGUUCUAGCAAGAACUCGAUCAAGCAUGCCCUUAAUGAAACCCGAGUCCUCCUCGUCUUGGAUGAUGUCGACGAUGCCGGUCAGCUCGAUGCGUUGAUCAGCGGAAAAGAAUGGUUCCAUGAGGGGAGUCGAGUCAUCAUCACGACCAGAAAUAGAGAAGCUUUGGCCGCAAGGAACUAUGCGAUCGAGCCUUACGAGGUGCGAGAGUUGUCCUUCGAAGACGCGUUGCGUCUGUUCAGCUAUCAUGCGUUGAAGAGAGAGAAGCCGACAGAAGAAUUCAUGGAACUGUCCAAGCAAAUCGUGUCUCUGGCCGGGAAAUUGCCGUUGGCUUUGGAGGUGUUUGGCUCUUUUCUGGUAGACAAGAGGAGGAAAACCGAGUGGGAAGGCGCGGUGCAGAAGCUGAAACAGAUUCGCCCUUACAAUCUCCAGGACACGUUGAAGAUCAGCUACGAAGGACUCGACGAGGAGACCAAGUGCAUGUUCCUUGACGCAGCUUGCUUAUUCGCUAGGUCGCAUAUGACGAGAGAGGAAGCCAUAGAGAUAUGGGAAGGUUGCGGCUUCAAGGCUGAGAUUGGUCUCAGGGUUCUCGUCUCGAGAUCGCUUAUCAAGAUCUGGAAGGAUGAUGAUACGCUGUGGAUGCACGACCAGCUUAGGGACAUGGGGAGAGAGAUCGUGUUGCUCGAGAGCGCUCGUGAUCCCGGCACACGCAGUCGACUGUGGGAUCGCAAGGAAAUCAUGGCCGUCUUCAAGGAUGGAUCGGGAACAAGGAAUAUAGAGGGGAUCGUCCUGGACUACCAACAUAAGCCGUUUGCGACGGACCCCAGCAGCGAGAGACUGUCGCGAGACAAUUUCAUGAGAACGCCCAAUCUCGCUUCCGCCAUUCAAUGUUUACAAGAGAAGUUUAGGAUAUUUUUCGAUUUCGGAGCAGAGAGAGAGAACGAGGAGGUGCUUCGUGCUGAGUACUUUAAGCUGAUAAUUAACCUGAGACUCCUCCAAAUCAAUCAUGCCAAAUUGGAAGGGAAAUUCAAGUUCCUGCCUCAGUCACUGAAAUGGCUGCAAUGGAAAGAAUGUCCCUUGACUAUUCUUCCUCCUGAUUUUUGUCCGCGAGGAUUGGCAGUCCUCGAUCUCGCAAACAGCAAGAUUGAACGCUUGUGGAAAGCCGACAGAAAUAAGGUGCGUCGCGGUCUUGGUCGCUCUAACGAUACAAUCACUUAUGUCAGUAUACUGUUUCAUAUUCAACUAUUAUCAUGCUUAUUUUUCUGAGGAUAUGUUCAUUUCCAAACACUUGGUGCCAUUCAUAUGCAUCUUUAUCAUUUGCUACUGCCUAUAUGGUUCUGCUACCAUUCAUGUGCUUCAGAUACUCUACUUACGAUGGGAUAUAAUUUCA